UUAUCUCACGUGCGUUUUUUCUUACUAUGGUACAAUAAUUUUGUUCCUACAUACAAAUUGUUAAAUCUAGAUUAACUGGUAGUGUUUGUGGGAUAUGUGUACUAUUAUGCCUGAGAAGGCUAAAGUUCACGUUUACUACGGCCCCUACGACUGUCUAGGUUACGUGGCGUUCCGUGAGAGUCGCCUGGACGGGAUUCGGACUCUGCUAGAGAAGAAUGAACACGAAGUGCACUUCCACAGGAUAGAGGACAGAGACCAGGUGCGGGUGAUGGUGAAUGGCGAGAUGGUGUACGAAUGCACCAUACAGGGACUCGACUUUGGCGGAGACGGACUUCUGGAUCCAAAGUGCCAAGAAAUUCUACGAGCAGUCAAUUCGACCUACUGAGAAAAGAAAAUAUGAUACUCUAGUUCAUUUAGGUUCUAGAAUUAUUUUAUCUCCAAGUGACAAUAGUAUAAUUUCGCUGAAAAUAAUUUUUGAUUAAUUGACCAUUCUUGAUA